AUGGUUACGCAACCCUUCUGGGACCCUGGCGAAGAACGGGAGGUCGUUGUUGUCCCCGACAAUCCGAGGCCAAUAAUGGAAACCCAGGAUGCGAUCCCCGAGGACGAAAUGGAUGCAAUCCAUGGCCGGCUCAACGAGCGGGGCGAUGCUGUGCAUGAAGCGCCGGAUGGGACCCCUGUGGCCGUGAAGAUCUACGUGCCGGCCAUAAUCGUGGUAUUCUUUGGGCCCCGGCCCUCACCGCACGUCGCCGCCGUGAUCAAGCUAUUAGAGACCCGCGCCGUCGUCUUUCGCGCGGAGAACAUCGACAACCUGGUGGCGCUGGUCGUGGCCGCCAGGGACAAUAUCCACGGGGUGAUCCUGGCCGAUCCACAGCUCAUGACCACCUAUGGCGACGCUUGGAAGACCAUCAAGGAGCUCGCCAGCACCCGCAAGUACGGGUGGCCGUUCAUCCUCGCCGGCAGCGGGAUCUGGGGCGCCGCGCGCUACCCCCUUAACUGCACCGGCUAUAUACGCUACGCGUUCGGGGUGCGCUGGCGGGUGAACCACCAGACUGCCACCGCCAGAGCGGAGCGCAAGCAAGUUCUGGUCCGAGGACGUCCCGGGGAGACCUUCGAGCACGCCGCGGUGUGGCUGACCAAUAUCCCCAAGGCUGAUCAGAUUGCCAUCGAGGCCAUGAGCCCGGAUGAUCCCCAGGUGAACUCGUACUUGCUCACGCCAACGUACACCGCGACCUCGGUGAUGCUGCACUCGGAGAAGAAGGGGGAGAGUGAAUUGCCCGUGCCCCUGGUUGGCUGGAUCGGCAUCGUCAACAACCCCGCCGAGGAGGCCAAAUGGAUUCUGCGGCUGUGCCAGCUGGAGCUCGGGUUCACGACCAGUCCUCCGCGCCGCUGGCCCGACUAUACCGUAUCCUUCGAGCCAAGUGGUGACAUUGUGCCGGUGGAGUCGUCCAAUGCGGAGACAGAAGCCUAG